AUGUCUGGACAAGCACCAUCUCCAGCCGCCCUGGAAAAGGCCGAAGACGUCAGAAUUUUGGGUCUUGACCCACUGGUCUCACCUGCGCUGCUGCAGUCUCAAAUCCCAGCCACCUCUGAAUGCCUGAAAACAGUGCAGAAAGGUAGAGUUGGCGCCAGCAAAAUUAUCACAGGCGAAGACGACAGACUGUUGGUCAUCGUCGGCCCUUGCUCUAUCCACGACCUGGACAUCGCUCAGGAAUACGCCAGACGUCUCAAGAAGCUUUCCGACGAACUGGAGGGUGAGCUUUGUAUCAUCAUGAGAGCUUACCUGGAGAAGCCUAGAACCACUGUCGGGUGGAAGGGUCUCAUCAACGAUCCUGACGUCGACAACUCCUUCAACAUUAACAAGGGUUUGCAAUCCGCCAGACAGCUUUUCGUCAACUUGACCAGCGCUGGUGUCCCAAUCGGCUCUGAGAUGCUGGACACCAUCUCUCCUCAGUACUUGGCGGACAUGUUGUCUUUCGGUGCUAUUGGCGCCAGAACCACCGAGUCCCAGCUGCACAGAGAGUUGGCUUCUGGUCUGUCUUUCCCAGUCGGCUUCAAGAACGGUACCGACGGUACUUUGGGUGUGGCCAUCGAUGCCAUGCUUGCGGCCUCCCACUCCCAUCACUUCAUGGGUGUUACCAAGCACGGUUUUGCUGCCAUUAUCACUACCAAGGGUAACGAGCACUGCUUCGUGAUUCUGAGAGGUGGUAAGAAGGGCACCAACUACGACGCUAAGUCCGUGGCUGAGGCCAAGGCUCAGUUGCCUCCAGGUGGCACCUUGAUGAUCGACUGCUCUCACGGUAACUCCAACAAGGACUAUAGAAACCAGCCCAAGGUGAACGAUGUUGUUUGCGAACAGGUUGCCAACGGUGAAGACAAGAUCAUCGGUGUCAUGAUCGAGUCCCACAUCAACGAAGGUAAGCAAAACAUCCCACCUGAGGGCAAACAGGGUCUGAAAUACGGUGUUUCGAUCACCGAUGGCUGCAUAGGCUGGGAGACUACCGAUCAGGUUUUGCGCAAGCUGGCCGAUGCCGUUAAACAAAGGAGAGCGCUCAAGAAGAAAUCGUCUGCUUAA